UUUUUCUAUCAUAAAACAGCUAAAUUGGUGUAAAAAUCAUACUUUCUCCACUUUUUGAACCCCCGUCACAAACCUGACAUUUCUGACGGUGGUGUUUCAAAGUCACCAUGAGUGUUUUUCAGGUUUAAUAAUGACAAAUUUAAAUAGUGAAGCCUGUCAUUGUCCCAGGUAAAUCAUCGUGGUGUUGCUCACAGAGUUGAUUCUGCUGCUGGAGCCCCGUGAUGUGGUCUGGUGUGGGGGAGGAUAGCAGCUAGCAGCCAGAUAAACACUCAGCAUUGGUUUGCACAGCAGGAGUAACAUGGCGGCACAGUUAGCCAGCAGAAAUGUUGUUUCACUACCGCGAAGGUCAGAGCUGCGUCUGAUACACGGGAUUUAACAGCGAGGACACAGCCCCAAGUCUUCAAUCCAGGGAGACGUGGAUGAUGCUUAAAGGUUUCCUAGCUUUGCCGUCUUGCAGCAAUGGCCUGAGGGACUCUCUGGACUGAAACCAAGACGCUGAUAUGCAUUGAGGAUGAGUGGAGUCGGGGAAAACUCAUCUGACCCUGCGAGGGCAGAGUCACGAAAACGCAAAGAAUGUUCGAACGAACUUCUAGGACCCAGUCCAAAGCGGAGCAACGAGAAGCGCAACCGCGAGCAUGAGAACAAAUACAUCGAAGAGCUCGCCGAGCUGAUCUUUGCCAACUUCAACGACAUCGACAACUUCAAUGUUAAGCCUGACAAAUGUGCAAUCCUGAAGGAAACUGUGAAACAGAUCAGACAAAUAAAGGAGCAAGAAAAAGCAGCAGCAGCAAACGAGGAGGAGGUACAGAAGGCUGAUGUCUCAUCAACAGGCCAAAGUGUGAUUGAUAAAGAUGCCUUGGGACCAAUGAUGCUGGAGGCCCUGGACGGCUUCUUCUUCGUGGUGAACAUGGAGGGCAACAUCGUCUUUGUGUCCGAGAACGUGACCCAGUACCUACGCUACAACCAGGAGGAGCUGAUGAACACCAGCGUCUACAGCGUGCUGCACGUCGGGGAUCACGCCGAGUUCAUUAAGAACCUGCUGCCCAAAUCCCUCGUGAACGGCGUCCCGUGGUCCAGCGAGGGUCCGAGGAGGAACAGCCACACGUUCAACUGCCGAAUGCUGGUCAACCCGCACAGCGAGAGCCAGGACGAGCAGCACGAGCACGAGCCUCAGCCGCAGAAAUACGAGACCAUGCAGUGUUUCGCAGUGUCUGAGCCCAAGUCAAUCAAGGAGGAAGGAGACGACUUUCAGUCGUGCCUGAUCUGUGUGGCACGCAGGGUGCCCAUGAAGGAAAGACCCAUGCUUCCCACGCAUGAGAGCUUCACCACGCGCCAGGACCUGCAAGGUAAGAUAACGUCUCUGGAUACUAGUCUCCUGCGAGCAUCCAUGAAGCCGGGCUGGGAGGAUCUGGUGAGGCGCUGCAUCCAGAGGUUCCACCUGCAGAACGACGGAGAGAUGUCGUUUGCAAAGAGACAUCAGCAGGAAGUGCUCCGUCACGGCCAGGCGUUCAGCCCCAUCUACCGUUUCUCUCUCUCUGAUGGAACCAUCGUGUCGGCCCACACAAAGAGCAAACUGGUGCGCUCGCCAGCCACCAAUGAACCCCAGCUCUACAUGUCCCUGCACAUUCUCCAGAGAGAGCAGACAGUUUGUGGGAUGGGUCAGGACAUGGGUCCUGGCGGUCAGGCCACAGGAAUGGCUCCCAAACCGAUGAACCCCUCCACUCCCUCCAUGACUCCCCCAACCCCAGGCUCCUUGCCAGGCUCAGGGCCUCAGGGCCAAGACACUACCAUCAGCAGCAACAGCACGCCUUUCUCCCCUCCUGGCCCAGCUGGCCCCAGAGAGCCAGCAGAUGGGGGCCAUAUGCAGGGCUACCGUUUCGGUUGUCCCCCACCACAUAACCACACUGGGGGCAUGCAGCCUCCGCAGCAGGGCCCCAACUGGAGGAUGAACAGCCCAUCACGCGCCAGCCAGCCGGCUGGUGGACCUCACCCACCUCAACAGAACUCUAUGCUGUCGCCCAGGCACAGAGGGAGCCCUGGGGGGGGCGGCAGCCCUCGUGUAGCAGGGGGCCUGCACUCCCCCUCCCCUGUGGGGAUGUGUGGUGGAGGGCCUGGGAGUGCAGGUAGUAGCAGUACAACUAGCACCCAUGCUAACAGCUACACUAGCAGCUCUCUGUCAGCUCUGCAGGCUCUAAGCGAGUGUCACGGUGUGGGACACGGACAUGGACCACCUCACGCACACACGCUCGGGUCUCCAGACAGAAAGAUAGGCUCUCCAGCUGGGGUCACGCCGGGGUCAGGGGUGAACUCACAUCUGAUGUCAAAACUGGGAGGAGGCAGCGGUGGUACAGGAGACUCAUUUGGACCUCACUCAGAAGGGGGUCAGGGGCACACGCAAGGCCAGACAGAGGGCAACCUAACUGAGCCCAAGGAAGAGCGAGAAGGACCCAAUGAUGGUCACGAUGCUCACAACCGUCUCCAUGACAACAAGGGCCAGACAAAGCUGCUGCAACUGCUCACCACUAAGCCGGAGCCCCUGGAGACGUCUCUCUCCCCCACUGCAGGAGGGGACAGCAAGGACCAGGCCGGGAUGGGAGUCCGAGGCGGGCACACAGGGGGGAGCACACACGCCACGUCCCUGAAAGAAAAACACAAGAUCCUCCACCAGCUGCUCCAGAACAGCACGUCUCCUGUCGACCUGGCCAAGCUCACAGCGGAGGCUACAGGCAAAGAGCUGGGCCAAGACCAAGCCCCGGGGGCCGGUGGGACAGCCGCUGGGGCAGAAAUUACACCCAAGCAGGAGCCCCUGAGCCCCAAGAAGAAAGACAAUGCCCUGCUUCGCUACCUGCUGGAUAAAGAUGACACUGGACUGAAGGACAAGGCGCCCAAGCUGGAGCCUGGGGAGGUGAAGGUGGAAGGGGGGAAACACCCUCUUGUCAAAGCAGAAAAACCAGACGCAGGAUACGACCGGGCUGAGCAGUCGUCGGAGCUGGACGACAUCCUGAAUGACCUGCAGAAUGCUCAGCCGCAGCUCUUCUGUGAACCCCGGCCUGUGUCUCUGCCCAGUCCAAUGGACAAGCAGAACAUUAUCAACGACAUCCUGCAAAUGACUGAAAACAAUCCUGCCAUGGCCGCACAGCAACAACACAGAGCCAUGGGGACUGGCAUGGCCCCAACCAACUUUGGAGGAGUCCGACCGGGUCAGCCGGGCCGGGGUCUGCCUGUGAGGAGCGUCUCUUUGGACAUGAACGUGUCCCCUCAGCCACCCUCAUUACAGUACCCCAUGAGGGCCACCAGCCCGUACACUCUAAUGCAGCAACAACAGCAGCAAGGCCUGGUGGUAAAUCAUGGAAUGAUGACUAACCAGGCCGGGAUGGUUAACGCAGGACUGAUGGCUCAAGGGGGUCCACGGCCAGGCAUGCAGCAGCAGGAGGGCUGGGUGGGCUCAGCCUCCGCUCCUCCUCUGGGAGCGUCCGGCCCCGGGCAGCAGGGUACCAUGCAGGGCAGGAUGGGGGCCCAACGGAGCGCCCAUGAGGCCCAACAGCCACCAGGACCCCGACAGAUGCUCCAGUCACCAAUGAUGACCAAUGCCCAACCUGACAUGGACAUUGGCAUGGCCGGCCACCAUUUCUCCCAGCAACAAGCUCCGCCCAACCAGACAGCCCCCUGGCCCGAAAGCAUGAUGCCCAUCGAGCAGACGGCUUUUGUUAACCAGGCCAGGCCGGUGCACUCAGCGCCUCAGGAUGAUAUUCUGUGCAGUACGGAGCUCAGCUCAGGUGAUGGCAGCGCUGUAGAUGAGGGAGCCCUGAUGUCACAGCUGUACACGGCGCUAAAGGACUUUGACGGCCUUGAGGAGAUUGAUCGAGCUCUGGGGAUCCCUGCUCUGGUAGAACAAAACCAAACAAUCGAACCAGACCAGUUCCCCCAGGACUCCUCCAUGAUGAUAGACCCAAAGCCCCCCAUGUACACCCAGCAGUUUGGUCCUCCGCUCCACAUGGCUCAGAGGGGUUAUCCUGGUGCCCCCAUGCAGGAACAAGGCUUCCACACCAUUUCAGGUCAGAUGGGGCCGCGACCCGGUUACCCCAUGAUGAGGAUGCAGGCCAGGCCUGGACUCAGGCCCAACGUCGUCCAACCCAACACACUACGGCUGCAACUGCAGCACCGGCUCCAGUCGCAGCAGAACCGUCAACCAAUGAUGACUCAGAUGAGUAGUGUUUCGAAUGUGAACCUACCUCUUAGGGCCAGUGCUCCAAACCAGGGGACCAUCAACGCUCAGAUGUUGGCGCAGCGUCAGCGGGAGCUGCUGAGUAAUCACCUGAGACAGCGGCAGCAGCAGCAGCAGGCGCAGCAGGUCCAGCAGCAGCGCAGCAUGGCCAUGCGGGCUCAGGGACUCAACCUGCCUCCCAACAUGGCCGCCGGAGGCAUGAGUAACCCUCGGAUCCCCCAGGCCAACCCCCAGCAGUUCCCCUACCCGCCCAGCUACGGUACCAGUACAGGCCUGGCCUCUCCACCUCCGCCCACCAGCCCCUUCUCCUCUCCUCUCUCCCCCAGCCUGCCCUCUCUCCCCCCAAACCCCCAGCUCCACUUGCAUGGCACCUCCUCCUCUUCCUCCACCUCCUCCUCCUCCUCACAGAUGAUGAUGGGAAACAACAUGAUGGGCGGACAGUACGGGGCCGUACUCAGCCCCCAAUUGCAGCACAGUGCCUUUCAGUUUCCCAACUCAGGUAUGAGCCAACAAGCAGACGGAGGAUUCGGAGGUCCCGGCACGCCACAGAGCCCCAUGCUUUCUCCCCGCAUGGCCCACACACAAUCCCCCAUGAUGCAACAGGGUCAAGGCAACGCUGCUUUCCAGGGUUCGCAGGACAUGAACGGCUGGCCGCAAGGCAACAUGGGAGGCAACAGUAUGUUCUCACAGCAGCAAGCGUCACCACAGUUCACCCAGCAGAACAACAGCAACAUGUACAACGGCAACGGCAUGAACCUCAACAACGUCUCCAUGCCCACCAACAUGGCUACCAGCAGCAUGGGACAGAUGGGCGGGCAGAUGAGUGUCACGUCCAUGGCCUCAGGGCCAUCGCCCGGCUUGCCCUCCAUGGGACAAGAACAGAAGUACUGUUGACCCUCAUGGAGCUCUCAACCUGAACCUCAGUGAUCAGCUGGUCCAAGGAGCAUGUCGGCCCUUUAAAAAUCGUAUCCAAGCGAUCGCCCCUUGAGCCAGGCCGUGCCCGGACCCCAAAAGUCACCCUCCCAGUCCCAGGAGUUUGCCGUCUGGUCCCCAGCCGAGCGUCUUCAGCAGCCCCUGGAGAAGCCCGGCCCCCUGAACCGACACCGGAGUGUGCGAAGAGGGCUGGGGGGGAGGUUUGUGGAUCUCUGUCCAACAUGCCUAACCCUCCUGGAGGAGAGCCUUGUGAUGAGCCAGUCUGUCUGCCUGUCCAGCUGCAUUCACCGUAGUGUGACUUACUGUAGGCCUCCUUGAUUGGGGGGACACUGACCUAAAGAGGGCAGCAGUGGGUGGGAUCCCUUUGUUCUGAUGAAUGUAUUCCUCUCAGUGGACAGCGGCCAUUUACAAUCUCAUCUCAAGAAAAUGACGUACACUGAUUUUUUUUUUUUCUGUUUUCACUCAUUUGUGACAUUUCCACAUAGUUCCAACAUGGCAGCAAAGACUCCAAGUUGUGUUCAGUCCACGAACGGAGCUCAAACACUUAGCCGGUUUUGCCUUUUGCUGUUCUUUAUUUUAUUGUUAUUUUAGUUGUUUAUUUUUUUCUUGUUGUGAGAAUUAAGAUGUAGAAUGAAGAUGUGGUUGAAAAAACUGAUCUUGAAAAACACUGCAGAAGAAUGGUUUGAGUGGAAUGGUGAUUUGUAUGAUUAGACUAAUUUAGUCAAGAGGUUUAUAUAGUGUAUUAAAUUAAGUUUUAUUUUUCUGUAUAGAUUCAUUUUAAUUAUUGUAGAUGAUUCUUUAUCCUGGUAGCAACAAGAAAAAUAUUUCUCAAAGUGUGGAAGAGGCACUUUUUUAUAAUUUUAACAGUGAUGGUUGUAUUCUUUCUGAGAAGAUUCUUCUAUUAACCUGAAUAAUGAAUUCUACUUUGGUCCUGGAGUUUCAGAAGAUGUCAAAUCAUAUAUGGUUUAAAAAUGAAAUACAGAGAUUGUACAUACCGAUAAAAAAACGUUUUCUUUCCUAUUUAUUUUGUUCCUUAGGGUUUGGUUCCCCCGUCUGGUCGCAACUGCCUCUUGAAGCAGAGCAGGUAUUCUUUUAGUUUUGUUUUUGGGAGGUGGAGCGGGAGCCUUCACGUUCUGGUACGAUGCAGACACACAGGUGGGGGUGGGAGGUAGGGAAGGGUUGUAAGGGGGUGUGCUGUGUAUACAGUGUACAGAUUAUCGCUUGCUUCUCUGCCUUUAGCAUAGAACAUCAUGGAAAAAAAAAAAGUUACAAAAAAAAAAAACUUCAACACAGCCAUACAAUAACUCAAAAAAUAACAGAAGUGUGCUUUCUAUGUUGUCUGGAGUGAAAAGUGCUUCAUACAAGCUGCUAGGUGCAAACUGUUCUGGUGUGAUGUAAACAAGCAAUAACGAUUACUUGAGAAAACUUUGGGGUUUUUUGUCUUUUUGUUUUUGUAAUUUUUGUACAGUUUCCUGAAUAAAAAAGGACACAUUUUUGCUCCACGUUGGAUGCAGUAUUAAACACAGUUUUUUAUUGCAGUUUGUACCAAGAAAGUCUACAUCCACACACAGCGUUCCUGUUUAGAUUAUGCAGCCACUCUUCUAUUGCAGAGGUCAGAGUUAAGACUGCACGGUUCACCGGACCUGCUCUGACUGACACUUAGCCAUAUUUUAUGACCUCAGGCAGUAUAAAGUGUUCGGUAAUGACACGCCGCUCUUGUGGCCCCAGUAGGGGUUGGGUUUGACCCCCACAAGAUCUAAAGCGAGUCAUUUUCUCUAACCUCAAAAAUACAUUUUUCCUCAAACUACAAACCUUUUAUACCAACUAUUUUAACCCAGGACAAACUUGGAGCAAGCCAAAUAAUCCUCACCUUUCAAAUUGGAAUUUUCUGGAUUCUACCAGCUUUUAUUUUCAUAGUGAGAGAAGACUUGUUGGUAAGCUUGUUUUCAGGCCCUCAAAAAAAUGAUGAUGUCACUUAACAGGGUCAAAUGUAGACGUUGCAGCAUGAUAGAGGAAGAGAAUCAUUCUGAAUGUAUUGUCUUUUGAAGGCCUAAGGAUGUGACUGAUGGUGUUAAUUGUCAACAUGUUGACAACGUGGUGUUGUGCAGUUGCACCGUGCUCUUCUCAGCAUUUAGGUAGGAUGUUGCCCAUUGCUGCUUAUUUCCUUUCUUCUCUUAAUUACUAUGUUCAAAAUGAAAUUCGUAGCUGUAGCAAGUGAACUUUGGGACAAAGGAAGUCUGCAUGUUUUAGUUGUCAUCAUUGCAGAUGCCUUGCAGUUGUUUUUUUCUUUUUGCUGCAGGCCUCCAGGAGACACCAUGUUUUGAUAAAUGCUGUUUUGAUUGUAUCAUACAGUCGUGCAGAAUAAGCCUUUUUGAGCCAUUUUAAAGAAUGAUUCACAGCCCUUUGCAAAAUUUCCAAAGAUUGUCAACAUUUUGAAAAAUUUAAAGCCAUGUGGUAGCAAUGCAUUUUUUUAGCAUUUAUAAUGAGGACAGGAGCAAAUAAAUGAUUUUGCCCCGUAGAAAUAUCCAGGCUUUUGGACCCACUAAACAAAAAUAUUUUUUUCCUCUCUUUAACUUAUGGUUUUUGAAGAACUUUAAAUGCCCUUUUGUAUUGUCUGCCAAUUUCUUAGAGCUAAGAUGCAACCUUGAAAUGCUAAAAACCCUAGCAUAAUGCCUUAGAUUUCGUCCGUUCUCGUUCUUGUACAUUACACCGCUGUCUGUAUAAAUUUGUAUAAUGACUUGUGUACAAUAUUGAAUGGGUGCAUCAUUGUUCAACUUUUUCGCAGUUGCUGGAGACUCUGUCCCUCAUCAUUGCUCUCUGUUCUGUGUUGGGUUGAAGACUCUGUUAUUUCACCCCCUUCCUCCCUCUUUCACUGUUUGUAUGGAAAAGAUGAUACAUAGGGAUAUUGAAGCAAUAUGUAAAAUACUAUAUGGACUUUCUGAAGAAAGCUUACUGUUGUGUUUUUCCCCCCAAGAUAUUUUUUCUGCAUUGUUCACAGGAAUCACACUGUAUACCUGCAUUCAUCUUUGUAUCCCUAGUGUGUGUGAGCAUUUUAUGCAAAAUUAGAUAUACAAGAGAAGUUAAAACCACAGUUAUGCAAGUUGUGAACUAAUAUGGCUUCGCUGAUGCUAUUUGCCUUGUAAAUAAAGAAUUCUGUUAUUGCAGUAUUUAA